UGGUCUGUUUGCUGGUAACAAUAUAUGCCAUAUACAAAUAAUAUCAAUUACAACUAUUACUAAAUGAUAAGGAAGCCACUGCUAGGCAAUACAGUCAAAUUUACAAUACACAAUAAGUUUAAAUUCGUUGAAUUAUUGUAUGCGAUCUACAGAAUGUAAUUCGUAUGUUUUAUUCAUUAAGUGUUUAAAAAUUCGCAAAACAAAUCCGUGAACGCAAGAUUAGUGUUGAGUAUUCGUCGCCAAUACGUGCGAUCGCGAAUAUGUUGUGACAAACCGAAGCAUCGAUCACCUAAAUUUCAAAAAUCAUUUUUUCAUCGUCUGAAAUUAUAUAUUCUUUGUAUUGUUCGUCGUAUGAAAUUUAUCUAAUGAAUUAUUUCUUACGAACGAGUACAAAUUCUAACCUAUAACAUCCGAUUAGUCAACAUAUUACAAAAGCCAUGGACGAUAUUAGUGCUAGAAGAGAGGCAAGGAGAAGGAAAAUCUUGGAAAAUUCAGAAAAACGUUUGUUAAAACUUACUGGUCGAACUAGUUAUACAAAAUCAGAAGAGAAAUGUAACAAUGACAUUAACGAUACAAAUGUUUUUAAAUUCGAUGAUAUUUGGAAUGACAUACAGACUACUUCCAGAAAUGAUUAUGACGAUAUAAGAACUGAAAAUAUUCAAAAUACUCCUGCUCAUACAGAAUUGUUACCGCUUGCAUUAUUAACAAACCGUAUAAAUUAUGUAUUGUUAGCUCUCUUUGUCAAUAUACUAUUUUUACUAGAACUGGAUUAUAUAUUUGGGAAGGCAAUUGCAAUUCCAUACUUUCCAAUAGCGAUGGCACGUUUGUACAGUUGUAAAAAUACGCGGGAAACGCAAUAUGGUAGUUUACUGCAUGCUGUUUUAAUCUUAUGUAACAUCAAACCCAAUUUGAUUUACCAAUUUAAAAAAUUUGUAACAAUUCUUCACAUAAUACUUGGAGAUUUAGCUUUAUAUAUUUUUAGUUUUACCUUAAUAUACUAUAUAUUUUCAUAUUUUAACUGAUUUAAA